AUGCAAGGCACAUUCUACUACUCUUCUGAGGAAGUUUCAACAAACUAUGAUCAAUACUAUCAAUUUGAAAAAUAUUCUCAACAUCAAGAUUCACAUUUGACACGUUAUGGUCAACAGAUCGAGACAUCUCCUUCGCAUUCACCUUUAUGCUCUUUAUGCCCUUAUUUUCAUGCACCACAACAAUUUGAAAUGUCCACUCAAGCUCCUGUUUCUUUAAAAUCGUCGUCUCAAUUAUUUGUACCAACAAAUUUAUCAAAUUUAUCAAAUUCAUCAUCAUAUGACUAUCAAAUGUUAAAUUACGCAAAUAAUCAAUUUACAAAUCCAAAUAUGCAAUUACCAUUGACACCUUUUCGCUCUCUCAAGCGUUUUAAUUCUUCGCUAUUUAUAAAGAAAUCUGAUGGAACGAGAACGAAUAUAUUGAAUGAUGAUGAUUCUUUAGGUGUUGAUGAUAACUUAUCAUCUGGAACUCAAUCGCAUCAUAUGGCAUUAGGUUUUCCGCCGGCUGACACAAUUGUAGCAAAGACACAAAA